AUGUCGCCGUCAACUUCAUCAAGUCGUAAACGAACCAAGACCUUCACGGGCUGCUGGACUUGUCGAAGUCGGAAACUCAAGUGCGACGAAGCACCUACAAUCUCCAUUCUUGGAAGCGCUGAGAUUGAUGAAGCCCUGUCCACUAUCGACAAUUGCCCGUGGACAGGGUACGGCGAAGCAGGUUUGACAACAACUCGUGGUCCAUUCGGCGUCUUCCAGGUCUCCACAUCUGCCAAUUCUCUGCCUUCUACGUCUGUCGAGUUUAGGACCAAUGACGCCCAACCUGGACGCUGGAACGAAACGACAUUGGAGAAUCCCCAAAUUCAGGAGUAUCUGUCGACUGUUUUUGAAGAAGACUCCAUCAGGAAUGGUCAUUCUCGUCAGCCCUCACAGAAUUCAUCUCAGAGUCCCCCCGACUUCAAUUUGACGCAGCAGAAUGAGCCAUAUUCUCCAUUCUUUGACCAAAAUCCAUACCACAGCCCCUCAGUAUCCCGGCCAGGAUUACAUUUCCCACACGAGACUCCUUGUUUUGUAGAUCGGUUUGGGCAACAAGACUUGAAUUGGCCCUCGUCGGGAGACCCGACAUUCCAGUAUGAGGAAGAUGAUGAGAUUGAAGAUCCGUUAUCAUUGUCAUUUUACCAACCUCGUUCCACAUUCAUGUCUCACGACAAUCGCUUUCUGUUGCAACACUACAUGCAUAAAGUGGUCAAACUCUUUUGCGUGAUUGACAACACCAAAAGUCCAUGGAGGUCAUUUCACUUACCCCGAGCCCUUCAGAGCUGUGGGGAGCUCGGAGCAUUUGGCGCGACUUCCAACGCCCGUAACGCUUUGCUUCAUGCCAUUUUAUCGGUCAGCGCAUAUAUUCUCGUCAACAAUUUGACGAUUGCAGGCCAAGACAAAGAUAUUGGGAAAUGGUCAAGGAUGGCGCUCCAAUUGCGAUACAAAGCCAUCAGACUUUUAAAGCAUUCCGUUGAACACGAUCUUCAUUCCAAAUCCAAGCCCAAAUACAAGGAGUUGUUGGCUGCCAUGCUCUCCAUGAUAACGAUUGACGUUGUUUCUGGCGAUACAGGCACAUGCUCGCUUCAUCUCUCCGGGUGCGAGCAGCUCAUUCGUAGUGCAAGUAAGACAAAGACUAAAUAUUCUCCCAAAGCAAGAGCCCUGCAUCGAAUUUUCUUCUAUCUACGAACGAUACAUGCGAGUACAACCUUGGAUAAACAAGAUUGCCAUCCAAAUUGCCAGGCGCAAUCGGCAGCUUCAGGCCCCCCAGAUGAUGCCUUGGAGACAGACAGAGUCGACGAUGAUGACUGGCUUGAGAUGGGUGAUAGUAGUUCCACGGACAUGACUUCCUGCGAAUAUAUCUACGGUGUUCCACAGAGUCUUCUCGUGGUCAUGAGAAAUGCAAUACGAGUCGUCCAGCUGGUUGCUCGGUUUCGUCGGCGCAACCCGGGCGUUCUAUACUCUACCAAACUAGCCGAAAUGUGUGAUGAUAUUGAUGAAGAGAUCCUCAACUGGCCAAUCGAGUCCGAGCUAUCGAAGUGCUCCUCGGUGUUGCGCGGAGAUAAUACGGGAAAAAUCAUCGACCAUCAAACCCGGGCUUUUCAUCACGCCAUCGUCUUGUAUUUCUCGCAACAUGUCCGACUUAUACAUCAUCGCCACUUGCGGCCGUAUGUCGAAAGCGUGCUUUCGCAUCUGGAAGCGAUCGAAAAGAUCAAGGACGAGUCAAAGGUCUAUGCUGGACCUCUAUUUUGGCCGGCCUUUAUUGCUGCGUCCGAGGCAUUCGACGCCUCUCUUCAGGUUCGCUUCAAAGCAUGGUUUGACAGAGCAAAGCGAUACGGCUUUCAGGCAGCCUGGGGGGGCAAUGCCAUCGCCCUUGAGGUCUGGAACAAAGACAGCACGCCAAAAUCUCGAGUUACAAGCCAAUGGCGAGCAAUUGCCGAAGAAAGACAAGCUGAGUUGAUGCUGACCUGA